UCCUGAAAAUGUCUUAAAGACAACAUUCCAACAUGGACCAAGCUGGUCCUUCGUCUUCUAAUCAAGACCCACGUUACGAUUUCAUCGGUUCUUAUGUGGUCAAGUCUUUGAAAUUGAAACCAGAGAAAUGGAUGCGUGUGCUCACUAUCGAAGAGCACAGGUCCACUUUAAGAGACUUCGUGGACAAGCCAUUUCCUCUUCUCCUGGUUGUGGUUUUAACUCACGCAGCACAGCUGGUACCCGUCAUUUCGUUUCCAUGCUACCUGAAAAACAAAGCCGUCUAUUUCGUCAAAAAGAAGGCAGAUGCCAUUCCUAAAGAGAAUUGCGCUGAAAUGGUAGUUUUUGGCGACUUAGCUCCGAGGCUCAUAGAUGAACUGGCAGCAUUAGUAGAUGAAGUAUUCGUACCUUUACUCUCUAAUCCGCUGAAUCACGAAGGAUGGCCGCUAGUCGUCUCUCAAGAUAUCCUCAAGCAAAUACACAAUUUAAAAAGUACCGUGUAUGAGGUUAAAGGUAAAGUAAAUGGUCAAACGGUCUUACCUAUGCCCGUUGGAGUGGAAUUAGUUCAUGAAGCGGAAAAGGAAAUUCUGAAAGGCAAAGAAGUGGAUCUUUACUUGAAGAGUGCAAUUGAAGGUGUAGUUAUCAAGUGGGCACAACAAAUCAAUGACGUAAUGAUGGAAGAUUCGGGGUCUGCCUUCGAGAAUGGACAGAAUCCGUUGCCUUCUGUAGAGCUUGCGUUCUGGAGAUCACGAUUAAACAAUCUGAACUACAUUUAUGAUCAGCUACGUACCGAGAGGGUGAGAUGUAUGGCGGUGAUACUUGAGAAGACCACUUCAGCCUAUUACCCUUGCUUCAGUAGAUUGUUCAAGAAUAUCGUGUCAGCUUUAGCGGAAGCAAGGGAAAUUGAUUUGUACCUCAGAACAUUGGAAAAGCAUUUCCAAGCAUUGGAAGAUACAGACUUUAUGGAGAGUCAACCUUUGUUUCGUCCGCUGUUCCAUGUUAUCUGCAUGGUGUGGAGAGAUUCGAAAUAUUACUGCAGCUCCUCGAAACUCAUGGUUUUAUUGAAGCAGAUAUGCAAUCUACUGAUUUACCAGGCUAAGAAAUGUCUAGAUCCGACAACCCUAUUUCAUAGCGAUAUAGACGAAGCCACGCAGCGCAUCCAAUUAACAAUAAACAUCUUAAAGAAAUUCAAAGGGACUUUUGAAUAUUUUAAAGACAAUAUCCAAAAGUAUUUCGUAGAGCGUCGGGUGAUCCCCUGGACCUUCCACCCUAAUUUUGUUUUCGAGAGAUUGAACAAGUUUCUCGAGAGGCUCAACACCAUACAAUGGUUUUUCAAAACUGUAUUAGAGUUUCAAAAGUUAGAGAAAAUUGAAAUCGGCGGUAUGAAAGGCCGAGUAUUGGGUGGACAGAUCAGGGAAAUUUCAGCGGAAUUCGAAGCUUAUUUUCAUGGUUUUGCGUCCAAAUCUUAUGACGUACUCGAUCCAGACGAUGAGACGUUUAAUGAAGAUUUUAAAGAGUUUCAAGAAAAUAUUAUCGAUUUAGAUCUGAAACUUUCAACUGUUUUGGUGGAAUCAUUUGAUAAUUGCUCUACGCUUGAGGCUAUUUUCAAGUUAAUUGACAUAGUUGGGUCUGUAUUAGAACGUCCACUCAUAAGAAGUGAGUUUACGGCCAAAUACGUUGAAAUAAUUGUUAUGUUGGAGAAAGAAAUAUUGACAUGUGAAGAUCUAUUUGACGAGCAAACACAUCGAUUCGAGAAAUAUGGUGUGAUGGAAAUUGAUGCGUUCUUCCCGCCCAUAGCAGGAGGACUUCUCUUUAUGAAUACGCUAGCUACAAGGAUAACGAAGCCUAUAGCUAGCUUUCGCAAUUUGCCGCACCCGAUCAAGGGUGCGGACGAAGCGAAGAAAAUUUUCAUAAGACACGAAGAACUUAUCCAAAGGAUAAACGAUUUCAAAAAGAAAUAUUUUAACGAUUGGGCUAAGAAAAUACCGAAAGUGAUCGAAGAGAAGACCAACAAAAUGAUUUUGGCGCGACAAGGAUCGGACCUGAUAUUAAACUUUAACCCAUCGCUCUUAGACAUACUAAAAGAAGUCGAUCAUCUUCGAAGCAACCCGGACUUCUCUGACAUGCUACCAAAAGAAAGCUUAGAGUUAUUUGACAAAAGGGAAACGUACCGAAAAUAUCGCAUUAACCUCGGCAUAACAAUAGACUGGUAUAAUCAGAUACGAAAGAAUAGUCAGAAAGUUGAAUUUGAUUUGGUCGAAGAUGAAAUUAAGGCGAUCGAUCAAAGGAUCGAAAUGGCUCAAAACCAGCUCAAUUGGAACUCAAAAGAUUUGUGGAACUAUUUACAAGAUCUGCAUACGUUGGUAGGAAGCCUCUUUCAGAGAAUGUCGAAGAUACAAGAUAAUUUGAAAGAGAUGAAGUCAAUUAUGACCGAGUGGUCGACGCAACCGCUGUUUGAACGCAAAGAAGGGAAAAAGGAUACGUUGUUGAAUUUGGAAGAUCGUUUCGAGAAGAGAAAGAAACGAUACAGCGACAUACAGAAUACGGCGCGGCGUAUGAACGAGCUGCUAAAUGAGAACAUGGAGCUGUUCAGCAUGCGAAGUUGUCAGGAAAGCGAAAUGUGGUUGAACUACGUCGCCUUUGUGGACGCUCUCAUGGAAGAAGCAUUGUUUAAAUGUGUCGCUUGCAGUUUGGGAUAUAUCACAGAGCAUAUGAAUCCUAAUAAUAAAUUAGCUCCACUGUUCGAAGCACAACUUGAACUAUUAGAUCCAGAUAUGGUUUUCGCGCCCAGCUUAGAUCCAAAUGAUGAGAAAGGAUUCAUGGCCUUAAUUAAAAGCAUAAUCGACGAUAUCAUAAAUAUGUCAGCGUUGAUUGAAAGAAUAGAUCCCAAGCGGAAGGAAUCGUACGAACAGCAAAUUCUGAACAAUGACGAUAUUAAUGAUAUGAAAGAGGAGAUUUUGAAUGGGAUUGAAAAGGUAAUUGAAGACGCAAACGACUUUUGCAAAACCUUCGAGAAUUAUUCGUAUCUUUGGUUAGAAGAACGAGAUGCGAUCAUGGAAAUAUUUCUAACGUACGGUAGAAUACUCUCUGUUGAUGAAGUUGAUAAGAUUGGAUCUGAAGACAAAGACGUAGUUGGACCUACUCCAUGUGUGCCCAAAAUGGAAGCUUUCAGAGAACAAAUUGAUCAUUACGAGAAUUUGUUUAUGGACAUUGAAGAAAUGGAGUCUUACAAAGUGUUUAAUAGUUGGUUUCAGGUGGACAUUAGACCUUUUCGUCAAGCUCUACUGAAUACGGUUAGGAAAUGGGGUAACAUGUAUAAGGAGCAUCUUGUUAAUAAUGUGAUUUCCAGUCUAAGCGAUCUCGGGAAUUUCAUCAGACAGGCUGAUGAAGGAUUGCUGCAACCGGUGUCCGAAGGUGAUUACGAAGCUCUUGUAAACGUGAUGGGAUAUCUAAUGAAUGUCAAAGACCGUGCCGUUACAACUGAUGAUAUGUUUCAACCGCUAACGGAAACUAUCGAACUCCUCAAGUUCUAUGACAUGGACAUACCUGAGGAAGUCAAUGUACUAUUACAGGAAUUACCAGAGCAAUGGCAGGCAACGAAAAAGUUGGCUUUAACAGUGAAGCAACAAGUUGCUCCUCUACAAGCCGCUGAAGUAUCUGGUAUAAGAAAGAAGAUAGCAACAUUCGACUCGCACAUCACUUACUAUCGUGAAGUAUUUAAACGAUACGAGUUUUUCAAAUAUGAAUGCGAAAAUCCUUACGAAGUAAUGGCGAGAGUGGAUUACGAGAUUUUAAAUUUGGAAGAAGAAAUGAGAAGCAUCCAGGAAUCUGGGUCUCUGUUCGAAGUGAACGUUCCCGAAUUUAAGUUGUUGAAGCAAUGCAGAAAGGAAUUGAGGAUGCUUAAGCAACUCUGGGAUUAUGUGUAUAUUGUGAGAACGAGUAUCGAAGAUUGGAAAACAACGCCCUGGAGGAAGAUAGACGUUGAGAAUAUGGAUAUUGAAUGCAAGAAAUUUGCAAAGGAAAUACGUUUGCUUGACAAAGAAAUGAGAAGUUGGGACACAUACGUGAAUUUGGAAGCCACAGUAAAGAACAUGUUGACAUCUCUGAGGGCAGUAGGUGAACUACAAAAUCCAGCGAUCAGAGAAAGGCAUUGGGAUCAGUUGAUGAGUACAACGAAGAGCUUAGCAGCAUUGCCACGUGAGCUCACCGUCCGUAUAAUAAUGGAUAUGAACACAACGUUAGCUGAUCUGUUAGCUUUGAAUCUACACGAGUGCGAGGAGGAAGUAAAAAAUAUAGUAGAUAAAGCAGUCAAAGAAAUGUCUAUGGAGAAAACACUGAAAGAUCUAAAUAGUACUUGGAAAGCGAUGGAGUUUGAACAAGAAGUUCAUACCAGAACAGGGUGUGUACUGUUAAGGGCAAGCGAAGAAUUGAUUGAGACUUUAGAGGAGAAUCAGGUUCAACUACAAAAUCUGAUAACAUCAAAAUUUAUCGCGCAUUUUUUGGAAGAAGUAUCGAGCUGGCAACAAAAGUUGUCCAUAGCUGACCAAGUGAUCUCGGUGUGGUUCGAAGUUCAAAGAACAUGGACUCAUUUGGAGAGUAUUUUUAUGAGUUCUGAGGACAUAAGGAAACAGCUGCCUGAUGAUUCUGCGAGAUUUGAUAGAAUUGAUGCCGAGUUUAAAAUUUUAUCGCAAGAAAUGUCAAAGACACCGAACGUGGUAAAAGGAACGAACAAAGAAGGACUUGUGGAAAUUUUGGAUUUGUUACAAAAGGAUCUGGUAAUUUGCGAAAAGGCUUUGGCCGAAUAUUUGGAGACUAAACGACUCGCGUUUCCAAGAUUUUAUUUCGUAUCAUCUGCGGAUCUAUUAGAUAUUCUGUCUAAUGGUAACCAGGCAGAUCUUGUUAUAAGGCACUUAACUAAAUUGUUCGAUUCGAUUGCUAAAUUGAAGUUUAACGAAACUGAUCAGCCCAAUGAGAAAGUAGCCUUAGGCAUGAUAGCUAAAGACGGUGAAUAUGUACCGUUUCAUGGUACGUGCGAUUGUACCGGACCCGUUGAAAUAUGGCUUAACAGAUUACAAGACAUAAUGAGAUCGACAAUCCGCCAUUACUUCGGUGAAGCGAUCGUGACCUACGAAGAGAAACCUCGCGAGCAGUGGCUGUUUGAUUUCAUGGCUCAGGUGUCUUUGUGCGGUUCACAAAUCUGGUGGACCACAGAAGUUAACAUGGCUUUCGCUAGAUUAGAGGAAGGAUAUGAUAAUGCACUGAAAGAUUACUACAAGAAACAGUUGUACCAAUUAAGCACAUUGAUUUCGCUCCUGAUCGGAGAGCUGAGCAAGCAGGACCGACAGAAAAUUAUGACUAUAUGCACAAUAGACGUGCAUUCAAGAGACGUUGUAAGCAAGUUGAUACAAGGGAAAGUCGAAGCUGGAUCAGCAUUUCAAUGGCAAUCCCAACUGAGACACAGGUGGGACGAAACUGAAGUACACUGUUUCGCGAACAUUUGCGACGCUCAAUUUCAAUACAGCUACGAGUACUUGGGCAACACUCCUCGAUUGGUGAUCACGCCUCUCACCGACCGCUGCUAUAUCACUCUGACGCAGUCCUUGCAUCUAAUAAUGGGAGGUGGUCCUGCUGGGCCUGCUGGCACGGGAAAAACAGAGACUACUAAAGAUCUGGGAAGGGCUUUGGGAAUCAUGGUGUACGUCUUCAAUUGUUCUGAACAAAUGGACUAUCAGUCUUGCGGGAAUAUCUACAAAGGUCUGGCGCAAUCUGGUGCUUGGGGUUGUUUUGAUGAAUUCAACAGAAUUUCCGUAGAAGUAUUAUCCGUGGUGGCGGUUCAAGUUAAAUCUGUACAAGACGCUAUAAGAGACAAAAAGGAAAAAUUUAAUUUCAUGGGCGAAAUUAUUAGUUUGGUGCCAACUGUUGGGAUAUUUAUAACGAUGAACCCCGGCUAUGCCGGCAGAACAGAGCUUCCGGAGAACCUCAAAGCGCUAUUCAGACCAUGCGCCAUGGUCGUACCAGAUUUCGAAUUGAUCUGUGAGAUCAUGUUAGUCGCCGAAGGCUUCCAAGAGGCAAAAAUUUUGGCCAGAAAAUUCAUAACACUUUAUACUUUGUGUAAAGAACUUCUUUCGAAACAAGAUCAUUAUGAUUGGGGCUUGAGAGCUAUAAAGUCUGUGUUAGUAGUAGCCGGGUCACUCAAGCGAGGAGAUCCGGGUAGACCAGAGGAAGAAGUGUUGAUGAGGACACUUCGCGAUUUUAAUAUACCGAAAAUAAUAACUGACGACAUGCCAGUUUUUAUGGGACUGAUUGGAGAUCUAUUUCCCGCCCUUGAAGUGCCUCGUAAACGUGAUUUAGAAUUUGAAAGAACUGUCAAGCAAGCAGCCAUGGAUCUUACGUUACAGCCCGAAGAUAAUUUCAUACUGAAGGUUGUACAGUUAGAAGAAUUACUAGAGGUCCGCCAUUCGGUGUUCAUAGUUGGAAAUGCUGGUACUGGUAAAACACAAGUCUGGAAAACUUUGUUUAAAACUUAUCAAAACUUGAAAAAGAAACCAUUGUUCAAUGACUUGAAUCCGAAAGCAGUGACAAACGAUGAGUUGUUCGGAAUUAUAAAUCCGGCGACCAGAGAGUGGAAAGAUGGCUUAUUUUCAGUUAUAAUGAGAGAUCAAGCUAACAUUGUCGGCGAGAAUCCGAAGUGGAUUAUUUUAGAUGGCGAUAUAGAUCCUAUGUGGAUUGAAUCUCUAAAUACUGUUAUGGAUGACAAUAAAAUUCUCACUCUAGCUAGCAAUGAAAGGAUUGCUCUAACGCCUACUAUGAGAUUGAUGUUUGAAAUAUCAAAUCUUCGUACAGCUACCCCGGCAACGGUGUCGAGAGCUGGCAUCCUGUAUAUUAAUCCACAAGAUUUAGGAUGGAAUCCAUACGUAACGAGCUGGGUUGAAACUCGAAAGAUUCCAGCCGAAAAAUCGAAUCUAGUAAUCCUAUUCGACAAGUACAUACCUCCGUGCUUGGAGACGGUUCGGAAUCGUUUCAAGAAGAUAACGCCCAUAGCGGACAUGGCGCACGUGCAAAUGCUUUGUCAUUUGUUGAACUGCUUGCUGGUGCACGAGAACACGCCCGCGGAGUGCCCUAAGGAGUGGCACGAUAUAUUUUUCGUUUUCGCUUGUGUUUGGGCAUUCGGUUCCGCCAUGUUCCAGGAUACGAACAUCGAUUAUAGAGUUGAAUUCACAAAAUGGUGGGUGAACGAAUUCAAGACUGUAAAGUUCCCAGCCGGCGGUACCGUGUUCGAUUUCUACAUCGAUUCAGAAACAAAACAGUUCACGCCCUGGGUGGAGAAGAUACCCAAGUUCGAGUUGGAUACAGAUAUGCCCUUACAAGCCGUGUUAGUUCCGACUGCAGAAACGAUACGGAUAAGAUACUUUUUGGAUCUGCUCAUGAAGAACAAGCAUCCGGUCAUGUUGGUCGGUGGUGCCGGAUGCGGAAAGACUGUGUUAGUCAACGAAAAGUUGCAAAGCCUCUCAGAAAAUUACGCAAUUCAAUCAGUGCCGUUCAAUUUCUACACGAGCUCCGAAAUGCUUCAGAAGGUUCUCGAGAAACCAUUGGAAAAGAAGGCCGGUCGGAACUACGGCCCCCCGGGGAACAAGACCUUGAUAUACUUCAUCGAUGACAUGAACAUGCCGGAGGUGGACACCUAUGGGACCGUGCAGCCGCACACCAUCAUACGUCAGCACUUGGACUACAACCACUGGUACGACAGGACGAAGCUGACGUUAAAGGACAUCCACAACACGCAGUACGUGUCCUGCAUGAAUCCGACCUCUGGUAGCUUCACUAUCAAUCCGAGGUUGCAGCGACAUUUCUGCGUGUUUGCCAUCAGUUUCCCUAACAGCGACGCUCUCAAUAAUAUAUACCAAUCGAUUCUGAUUCAGCACCUGACUAACCCGGAAUUGAAGAUCAGUCCGCUCAUUGCUAAAUUGUCAGCGAACGUAGUCAGAGCUACUGUGGCAUUACACAGUAAGGUGUCUCAAGUAUUUCUACCGACAGCAAUCAAAUUUCACUACAUAUUCAAUCUCAGGGAUUUAUCCAAUGUUUUCCAGGGUCUUUUGUUUAGUACUAAUGAGUGUUUGGUGAACCCGUCUGAUCUACUUCGACUCUGGCUGCACGAAACACACAGGGUGUAUGGCGAUAAACUAACAGAAGAGAAGGAUAUUGAUGCCUUCUUGAAAAUGCAGGUUGAUAUCUGCAAGAAGAAUUUUGAGGACAUCGACGAAGGCGUUGUUUUCGAAAGACCGAAUAUUUAUUGUCAUUUUGCCGGUGGUAUUGGAGAGCCUAAAUAUAUGCCGAUAGCUACUUGGGAGCAACUUAACAAGCUACUGACAGAAGCCAUGGCUAGUUACAACGAUCUCAUUGCUGCUAUGAAUUUGGUGCUCUUUGAAGACGCCAUGAUGCAUAUUUGCAGAAUAAGUCGUAUCCUCGAAAGUCCCAGAGGAAGCGCGUUAUUGGUUGGAGUUGGAGGAUCCGGUAAGCAGUCCUUAUCGCGACUCGCAGCGUUUAUAUCCAGCCUGGAGGUUUCACAAAUCCAACUGAAGAAAGGCUAUGGCGUUAGUGACCUUAAGCACGAAUUAUCGGGGUUGUACAUAAAGACGGGUCUCAAGAACGUUGGCAUAAUGUUCCUGAUGACAGACGCUCAGGUCGCCAACGAGCAAUUCUUGGUGCUGAUCAACGAUCUGUUGGCCUCUGGUGAGAUCGCCGACUUAUUCCCUGACGAUGAAAUCGAGAAUAUUAUAGCUGGUGUCAGAAAUGAGGUAAAAGGAGCCGGCCUGCCUGAUACCAGAGAAAUCUGCUGGAAGUUCUUCAUCGACAGAGUUAGGAAGCAGCUCAAAGUGGUGUUAUGCUUUUCGCCAGUCGGUUCGACGUUGCGAGUGCGUUCUAGAAAAUUCCCAGCCUUGAUUAAUUGUACCUCGAUUAACUGGUUCCACGAGUGGCCUCAAGAGGCGUUGGUGUCAGUGGCUAUGAGGUUCUUGGAGGAAUUGCAUUCUUUGCCGAUUACAUUGAGAGAUUCAAUAUCACGAUUCAUGGCGUACGUUCAUACCUCAGUGAAUACAGUAUCUAAAGCGUAUUUGGCAAAUGAAAGAAGAUAUAAUUACACCACUCCUAAAAGUUAUCUUGAACAGAUAAGUCUCUACGCCAAACUGGUUCAUCAAAAAACCGAUGAACUGCAAGCUAAAAUUACUCGGCUAGAAAACGGUCUAGAAAAACUUCGGAGCACAGCGUGUCAAGUAGACGAGCUGAAAGCUAAACUAGCAAUACAAGAAAUCGAAUUGCAACAGAAAAACGAAGCGGCUGACAAACUCAUAGAAAUGGUUGGUGUGGAGACCGCGAAGGUACAAAGUGAAAAAGGGCUUGCUGAUGAAGAAGAAGAAAAAGUAGCAGUAAUAGCAGAGGAAGUAUUAAAGAAGCAGAAAGAUUGCGAAGAGGACUUGAUUAAAGCAGAACCAGCGCUGGUGGCAGCCCAAGAAGCUCUGAACACUCUCAACAAAGCUAAUCUGACUGAGCUGAAGUCGUUCGGUUCGCCUCCCGGGGCUGUGACUAAUGUUACUGCUGCUGUAAUGGUGCUGUUGGCUCCCGGAGGGAAAAUACCCAAGGACAGGAGCUGGAAAGCUGCCAAGGUUGUGAUGGCGAAGGUGGACAUGUUUCUGGAAUCGUUGAUACAUUACGACAAAGAAAAUAUUCACCCUGACGUCAUCAAAGCUAUUCAGCCGUACCUGAAGGAUUCGGAAUUUGAACCGGAAUUUGUCAGAUCGAAAUCUGCUGCUGCCGCCGGUCUCUGCGCUUGGGUCAUAAACAUCAUUAAGUUCUACGAGGUCUUCUGCGACGUGGAACCGAAGCGCAAAGCAUUGGCGGCGGCCAACGCGGAACUGGCGGCGGCCACGGAGAAAUUGAAGGCCAUCAAAUCGAAAGUCGCGUCUCUAGAAGAACAAUUGGCGACGUUGACGUCAGAGUUCGAGAAGGCGACAUCGGAAAAAUUAAAGUGUCAACAAGAAGCGGAUGCCACCAACCGAACCAUCCAACUGGCGAACCGACUAGUCAAUGGGCUCGCUAGUGAGAACGUCAGAUGGGCGGAGGCCGUGUCAAGUCUCAUGCAGCAGAGCACUACUUUGCCUGGCGACGUGUUGCUGGUCUGCGCUUUCAUAUCAUACGUCGGAUGCUUCACGAAGCAAUACCGUUUGGACUUGCUCCACAAAAACUGGCUUGUGUUUUUGAAAACGUUAGAGCCUCCAGUACCAACGACAGAAGGACUAGACCCUCUGACCAUGCUGACCGAUGACACGACCAUUGCGAUGUGGCAAAACGAAGGACUGCCUUCUGAUAGAAUGAGCACUGAAAAUGCCACAAUACUGUCCAACUCAGAUCGUUGGCCGCUAAUGAUUGAUCCUCAGUUGCAAGGCGUGAAGUGGAUUAAACAAAAAUAUGGAGAUAUACUUCGUGUUAUAAGACUCGGACAGAAAGGCUAUCUGGAUACAAUAGAGAAGGCUAUUAUUAAAGGAGAGACUGUUCUCUUAGAAAACAUCGGUGAAACAGUCGACCCUGUACUAGAUCCACUGCUCGGACGAAACCUAAUUAAGAAGGGAAGAGCUAUAAAGAUCGGAGACAAAGAAAUUGAGUACAGUCCAAACUUUAGAUUGAUUUUACACACGAAAUUAGCUAACCCACAUUACAAGCCUGAGAUGCAAGCUCAGACAACAUUGGUCAAUUUCACUGUAACGAGAGAUGGGCUUGAGGAUCAACUUCUGGCCGAAGUGGUGAAAGCCGAAAGACCAGACCUAGAAGAACUCAAAGCGGAAUUAACAAAACAACAGAAUCAGUUCAAGAUACAGCUGAAGGAGUUGGAAGAUGACUUGCUUUCGCGGCUCUCAUCAGCCGGAGAGAAUAUAUUAGGCGAUACAGCUUUGGUUGAGAAUUUAGAAACAACGAAAAAGACUGCUGCUGAUAUUGAGAAAAAGGUGGCAGAAGCAAAAGUGACGUCACACCAAAUAGAUCAGGCUCGUGAAUUUUAUCGACCUGCCUCCGCUAGAGCGUCUCUUUUGUACUUUAUAUUAAACGACUUGAACACCAUCAACCCGAUAUAUCAAUUUUCGCUUAAGGCAUUUAGUGUGGUAUUCCAAAAAGCAAUAUCUCGGGCUGAAGCGGCCGAAGAGGUCAGCCAAAGGAUAAAGAAUUUAAUUGACUGUAUCUCGUAUUCCGUUUUUCAAUACACGUCCAGGGGCUUGUUUGAGUGUGACAAACUUAUAUUUGCAUCUCAAAUGACUUUUCAGGUACUCCUCAUGAGCGAAGAAAUAUCACCAGCAGAACUGGACUUUUUCCUACGCUUCCCAAUUAAGCCUCAUGUCACUAGUCCUGUAGAUUUCCUAUCUAAUCAAAGCUGGGGAGGGAUAUGUUCUCUGGCUGGUAAAGACGAAUUUAGAAAUCUGGAUCGUGAUAUUGAAACGUCUCCUAAGAGAUGGAAGAAGAUUGUUGAAAUAGAAUGUCCUGAAAGAGAAAAAUUUCCACAGGAAUGGAAGAAUAAAACAGCACUCCAGAGACUGUGCAUGUUACGGGCACUACGACCCGACCGUAUGACUUAUGCUGUCGCGGCGUAUAUCGAAGAGAAAAUGGGCUCAAAGUACGUUGAAAACAGGACGGUGGAGUUUAGUAAGUCCUUCGAAGAGACCAGUCCCACUACGCCGAUAUUCUUUAUACUGUCCCCGGGUGUGAAUCCCUUGAAGGACGUGGAGGCGCUCGGAAAGGUCAUGGGGUUCACGGCUGAUGCAGGAAACUUCCACAACGUGUCUUUGGGACAAGGACAGGAGAUCGUCGCGGAACAGGCUAUUGAUGAGGCACUGCAAAAGGGCCAUUGGGUUGUCUUACAGAACAUUCAUCUAGUAAAGAACUGGCUCCCGAGUCUAGAAAAGAAGAUGGAGACAUUCUCGACGGGUUCGAAUGACGACUACAGGCUGUUCAUGUCGGCCGAGCCGGCUGCCACAGCGGCCGCGCAUAUCAUACCGCAAGGGAUCCUGGAGUCCAGUAUCAAGAUAACAAACGAACCGCCCACGGGCAUGCAGGCUAAUCUUCACAAAGCUCUGGAUAAUUUUAAGCAAGAAACCCUCGAGAUGUGCGGCAAGGAAGCUGAAUUCAAAGCGAUUUUAUUCUCGUUGUGCUACUUCCACGCUGUGGUUGCUGAGAGGCGCAAGUUCGGUCCUCAAGGAUGGAAUAAAAUUUAUCCAUUUAACGUUGGUGAUCUCACUAUUAGCGUAUUCGUUCUGUACAACUAUUUGGAAGCAAAUUCAAGGGUGCCCUGGGAAGAUUUGAGAUAUCUCUUCGGAGAGAUAAUGUACGGAGGUCAUAUAACUGAUGAUUGGGACAGAAGGCUCUGUAACGCAUACCUGGAAGAAUUAAUGCAACCGGAUCUGGUUGAUGGAGAGCUGCAGCUCGCUCCGGGUUUCCCUGCUCCACCAAACACAGAUUACAGCGGCUACCAUCAAUACAUAGAAGACGCUAUGCCGGCUGAAUCUCCGUACCUUUACGGGCUACAUCCAAAUGCUGAAAUAGGUUUUCUGACGACUACCUCAGAAAAUUUGUUUAGAACGAUAUUCGAGAUGCAACCAAGAGAUGCUCAGGCUUCUGGUGCCACUACUGUGACCAGAGAAGACAAGGUAAAGCAGAUGCUAGACGAGAUAAUGGAGAAGUUGCCCGAAGAGUUUAAUAUGGUGGAGAUAAUGGGCAAAGUAGAGGAACGAACACCGUACGUGAUUGUAGCGUUUCAAGAGUGCGAGAGGAUGAACCACCUGACUGGCGAAAUGAAGAGGUCUUUGAGAGAGUUGGAUUUGGGGCUGAAGGGUGAGCUGACUAUAACAUCCGACAUGGAGGAUUUGGAAAACGCAUUGUUUUUAGACCAGGUUCCAGCUAUUUGGUCUAACAGAGCGUAUCCUUCGUUGCUGGGGCUGGCCGCUUGGUUUGUGGACUUGUUGUUACGGCUUCGGGAACUUGAAACUUGGGCAACUGAUUUUGUGCUACCGACAUCAGUGUGGUUGGCCGGAUUCUUCAACCCUCAAAGUCUGUUGACGGCCAUCAUGCAGAGCACGGCGCGUCGCUACGAACUGCCCCUGGACAAGAUGUGUCUGCAAUGUGACGUUACUAAGAAAAUGAAGGAGGAUUUCACGUCUGCGCCCCGUGACGGUGCAUAUGUCCAUGGACUCCUAAUGGAAGGAGCGAGGUGGGAUGUCCAGGCUGGUAUCAUAAUGGAUUCGAGGCUCAAGGAGCUCUUCCCAGCGAUGCCGGUUAUUAAUGUCAGAGCCAUAACCCAGGACAAGCAGGACCUCCGGAACAUGUACGAGUGUCCGGUGUACAAGACGAGGACCCGCGGCCCCACGUACGUGUGGACCUUCAACUUGAAGACGAAGGACAAGCCCGCCAAGUGGACCCUAGCUGGCGUCGCCCUGUUAUUGCAGAUCUAGUGUAUCAACAAAAGACCCUGCUUUGCAAACAUAUUCAUGAAUAAUAGAGCUGUUAUUUAUUAUUAUUGAAGUG